AUGUUGAAUGACGUCCAGAAUGCCUUUAUUCUGGAGCAAUGGCUCGAGUAUGGCAUAGGCAUGAGCAUCUUCGUCCUCCGAUUUUACGCAAGAUGGAAAUCUGUCGGCUUCGAAGGUUACUCUUGGGAUGACCUUUUUGCUGGAUUGUCUAUGAUAUUUUUCACCUUUGAUCCUGCCUUACUGAAUGUUGUUAUCACGCAUGGAUCAUUCGUCGGCUUGACUGAUGAGACCGCCGAACUACUUACACCGCCUGUGAUCGAAUCUUUUACGACAGGAUCAAAGGCUCUCUUUGCUGCAUGGUUCACAUACGUUACUCUGAUCUGGACUUUGAAGGGCCAGGUGCUCGGAUACUACAACAGGUUGACUGCAGGAACUUGGCAGCACAAGUGGGUCAAGGUCAUGGCUGUAGUUUGCUUUGUGUCAUGGAUAAGUCUGAUUCUCCUUAUCUUCUGUCGCUGCACGCCAAUCCAACGCAACUGGCAGAUAGUGCCAUACGCAGGUGAUCAAUGCACAAGGACGACAUCAACCGUCGUAUUGCUGAUGGUCCUCAACAUCUUAAACGAUAUCGGCCUCGUCCUCAUCCCAGCCAACGUCCUGUGGUCAGCCAAGAUCCCGCUGAAGCGCAAGCUGCUCAUCUCGGUGCUGCUGUCGUCAUCCUUCUUCAUCAUCGCCUGCGCGCUGCUGCGCGGCAUCCUGGGCCUGCAGUCGAUCAACAACAUCGUCGUGUCGAUCCAGUGGGGCACGCGCGAGACGUUCGUCACCAUCAUCGUCAUCUGCGUGCCGCCCAUCAAGCCGCUCUUCAGCUCGUCCGGCUCCUCGCACUUCGGCUCCUCGCAGGAGCUGUACGCCACCGGCACCGGCACCGGCACGCGCUGGGGCGGUGCUGGUGGCGCUGGCGGUUCGAAGAACCACGCCAUCCCGCUCAAGGACUCGCCGUCGACGGCGGCCAUGGACAGGGACUUGGAGCGCAGCGGCACCUCGUCCGUCAGAGACGUCGACUUGCAGUCCCUGGGCAGCAGCAAGGACUUGAUCGAGGACCGCGAGGCGUCCAAGGCGUUUGCGUCGCCGGCGACACCGACUACAGCGACGAUGGAGCACGGUGCCGGGAUCAGUGUGAGGACAGAGUUCACCGUGUCGAACUCGCAGUCUCACGGCGAGAUGGACGGUCAGCAGGCAGGCUGGUCCCGCCAUGAGAGCUGGACUCGGGUUGUGACGCGGCAAUAA